GCCCGUCCGCCCGUCCGCCCGCCCUCUGCAGGCGCUCCCCGGCCCCGCCGCCUCAGGGAAAGUUUUCUCGUCGGAGGGGCCGGAACCGCCGCGGGAUUUUGGAAAGGAAGGGGGACGGAACAGGAGGCGACAGCCGCGCGGCCCGGGAGUGCAUGGUGCCCGGCGCCUCGGCCGCCUGACGUCGGGGCGGGGUCGGGCUGAGCCCAGCUCCCUCUCCCCGCAGCCUCGCCCGCAGUCCCUUCCCGGACUGCCGCCGGGGUCCCCGCUCCCCAGCCGGCCAUGUCCCGGCUGCUGCCGCUGCUGAGGGGCCGGACGGCGCGCAGCCUGAGGCCCGGCCCGGCCGCCACCACCGCCGCCGCCGCCGCACCCCGCCCGCCGGCCUGGUGCUGCUGCGGGCGGGGGCUGCUGGCGCUCGCGGCCCCGGGCGGCGCCCCUGCCGGCCCCCGGGGGCUGGGCACCCACCCCAAGAAGGAGCCCAUGGAGGCGCUGAACACGGCGCAGGGCGCGCGCGACUUCAUCUACAGCCUGCACUCCACCGAGAGGAGCUGCCUGCUCAAGGAGCUGCACCGCUUCGAGUCCAUCGCCAUCGCCCAAGAAAAGUUGGAAGCUCCACCACCCACCCCAGGACAGCUGAGAUAUGUAUUCAUCCACAAUGCGAUACCUUUCGUAGGGUUUGGCUUUUUGGAUAAUGCAAUUAUGAUUGUUGCAGGAACCCAAAUUGAGAUGUCUAUUGGAAUUAUUUUGGGAAUUUCAACUAUGGCAGCUGCUGCUUUGGGAAAUCUUGUAUCAGAUUUAGCUGGACUUGGACUUGCAGGCUAUGUUGAAGCUUUGGCUUCCCGGUUAGGCUUGUCAAUUCCUGAUCUCACACCAAAGCAAGUUGACAUGUGGCAAACACGCGUUAGUGCACAUUUGGGCAAAGCUGUUGGGGUGGCUGUUGGCUGCAUAUUAGGAAUGUUUCCUUUACUUUUCUUUGGAGGAGGUGAAGAAGAUGAAAAACUGGAAGAGAAAAAUUAACCUUCUUAGAAUACCUAUAAAAAGAUGUAAACUAAUGUACCUCAAUUAUUGAAUAUGCUGUCACAACAUUUAGGAAUUAAGACAGUAACAGUGUAUAGAUAUGGGAUCAAAUAGUUCAGCAUGUAUUAUGGAAAACACUAACUUACUGUGGCGUGGUCUCCCUAGGACAUCUUUUUUAAAAAUGGUUUAGUAGUAUUUUAUGUAAGUUGUUGAAAAUACUUUUUCAUCACUGACAGUCAGCAUUUUUCCUUUUCCUUUUCUUUCUUUACACAUCAAAACCAUUAUUUACAUAUCAGUCAUUGAUGUACCGGACUGACUUGAGGUUUGCCUGUUUGUUACUUAAUAUAUGUACAUGCAUGAAAGCAUUUUUGUUGUUGUUGUCGUUCCCUGAUAGUUACAAUUGAACCUGAAGAUUUUUCCAAAUUAUUUAAGAUGUUCAAUAUCAGUUCAAGAUUUUUUUUAACUCUCUUUUGGCAACAUCAGUUUUGUACUGUUUCAUGGUAAACAUAUCUACUCAUAUAAUUUCAGUCAUUUUCCUAAUUCUCACAUUCACUUAAGAUGGACACGAUUUUUAAAGUACUUUGUUGCUCAUUUUAAUUCUCUGACCUCACUGUCUUUAGAGCCAGAGGUUGAGAAGAAUGACCGUUAUGGCCUCCCUGCUGCAUAAAACCACGUACGUUAACAAGGGUACUUACUUCUAGUUGACUUUUUUAUCUUUUAUUUCCCAGUUUUGAAUAAUUAGAUGGUGAGUUCUGACUCCUUGAGAUGAAGAAAGUUAUUAUUUUAGAGUGUUUUUAAUAGGGACUGUGGGAUUAGGGUGAACUAAAGGAUUUGACCUGUCUCUUGGAAAUUAUGAAGCUAAAAAAAAAUUUUUUUUUAUGUAAGUAGAAAAUGGGACCUUUUCUACUUGCAUAAAAAAGCUUUUUAUACAAGGUUUUCUACUUGUAUAAGAAGGUUUAGGCUAUAAGUGAUGCUGAAGAGAUGUUUUUAAGAAGGUUUAGGUUAUAAGUGAUGCUGAAGAGAUGUUUGUAAGGUUAGAGAUAUAAAUUAUAUUUGAAAAGGAUUUUUUUCCCAAAGUGUUUUCUUCUCAUCUGAAUUGAAGGAGUCUGAAUACUCUAUACUCAUAAUCUUGAUGGCAUUGUAUCUUGUUUCGUGAAUUUUAUUUCUGUUUAACUUCUUUUGAGGUGAAAACUAAAUAUUUUAUACUUUGUUUUUUUUUGCUAUAUAGUCUCAUAGUCAAAAAUUACACAGGAGGAAUCCUUUCUUCCUUUUUUGGUCUUUGUACUUCUUUUGUGGUAUUUAAAGUAUAUUCUGGGUUGAAGUUAUUUAUUUCUAGUCUUGUAUUUCUGACUUUAAUAUAACCAUGUAUGAAUCAUUUAAUUUUAAUAUUCUGAAUCUUUAAAGUUUUUUUUAGCAUGUGGCCUGUUACACAUGCUAAAAAAAUUGUUCUUAUUUGUAAGAAUAAUUAAACAUCAUGGAGGAAAUUAAAUUUAUUAUUGUUAAAUUUAAAUUAAAGUUAUGAUUUUGGCAACUGAAAUCAUUCAUGCUGCUAAAUAGAUGCAAAAGAAGAGAAACUCCUAGGAUAGUUGUAUGUACAGCAGCCUUACAGUUCUAUUUGCACAUGUUAGAGCUCUUCUCUUCAGGGAAGCUACUUUUUUCCACAAAGCAAUUUGUCAGGAAUUCUCUCCUGUGCAUUUCAGAGUGAUUUAGUGCUAUCCUUUUAUCAUGGACUUUGAGGAAAAAAAGAAAAAUGAGUUGUACAGUAUAAAAAUAAAUAUGUAACAUUCGUAUUAUACACAAAAAUUUGACAGUUUCAUUGGUCAAAUCAGAAUUACAGAACUUGAGAUCUUAAACAGAAUUGUGGUUUGUAUAGUCCACAUAAUUCCACACACAUAUACCAAAAAAAAAAAAAAAUUUUUUUAUGUAAAUGUUUAAGUGCUUUUGUCCCUGACUCGUAUACUGCUAGUCCUUUCUGUUUUCUAAGAAGGUAUUUUAUUGUGGUGCUUAAAAUCUUAUCUCAAAUCCCACAUCCAGAAAUCUCACCCCUAUAAGUUUAGAAAGGGCUUUUAGUAAUUGAUUUCUUUUUUUGCUUUCAAACAUAAUCCAGUCCUACAGAAUCUGUCAGUUGAACAUCUUCAGAAUGACUUAAGGUGUUAAAACAUGUUGAAAGAUAUUUUAUUUUGUGGACAAAAUAAAAAUUUGAAUCAUUCAGGUAAUUAAUAAAAAGAAAAAAAAGAAAAGGAGCCGUUUUGUGGUUGACAGAAGAUCCACAUUAGUCAGGAUUUUAGCCCACGCUGGCAUGGUGCUGUGCACAGAGUGAUUUCUGAAGAGCUGUUCUCCUUAAUAAGGGUAAUGAUGUCAUGUAAUCAUUAUUUUAUGUUACUUGUCGCAGUUUUCAAAUUGAAACUGGAACUCUUUGUUUCUCAUAUUAGCUAUUUCUCUAUUAGAAGCACUAGAACUGUGGUUAAAUGUGACAGGAGCUACUUUACUACUGUUUGAAAUUCACGUUGUCCAUGUUUUAUGACUCAUUGACUUGACGAUGCAUGUAAAUUGAGUGCAUUUUGUUGCCACUGUAUGUUAAAUGGUGACCAAUGUUUUUACAGAGACAAAUUGAACAACAAAAAAAAAACAUCUUUUAAGAAAUCUGUUAUGUGGUUUUGAUUUUGAAAUUCGAUUUUCUUCCUAAUCUCAGAGGGUCCCUGGUUAUCCUGGUUAUUCCAUCACUAAAGGAAAUAGGACUCAUCAGUACAGAAUUGUUAUAAGGGUUGUGGAAAUGUCCCUGAGAGUAAUUAUUUACCACCUUCUGAUACCCACAAUUGUGACACAACACUACAGAGUGUGAGAGAUGGUGAUCCUAUGUUGAGAUAAUUCGAUCUUUUAAUAGGACAUCAAACAAAGCUCUAGAGAUACUGGAAUAGAUUACACUGAUGGGUAUUUACAGCAGAGAUAGCUAAGCUGUUUAUAUACUAAUGCCUCAUUUACUUUAUUCCUUUUCUCUGUAAGAUGAAUUUUGAAGGUAAUGAAAGUUUAUCUUUAAAUAACAGAAGUUUGCUUAAACCAUUUUAAAGUAACUUUUUUAAUUUUAGAAAUAUAUUUUCUUGCCUUCUUAACACAGUAUAUUAAAUGUAGUGUAACAUUUUUCUUGAUGGCUUAGCAUCGUCUUGAUGGACAUUAUUAUUGUACUGUAAUGCCAUACCUUGGGAAUCCAGUUUUCAUGGUUUUUUUUCAUUUUCCUUCCAUAUUUUGCUGCUUUCCCUUCUGGCAACUGCUCUAUCUCCCUGUUUUGCUGGUUCUCAGCUAUAUGGACUUAGGAACAAGAUAGCCAGUCUAACUAUACAUUGUUUGGGAAAUUUCAGAAAAUAAGCUCUGGAGCCUGAGUCUUAUCUAUGAGUUAAUAAUAAAUAAUGUUAGUGCCCUUUUAUUAAGCACUUAUUUGUUGCUAUGUGCUAUACUGUUUUACACAUAUUGUUUCAUUUUAUCACCUUAAUACUAAUGUUGGCUGGUGCUAUUAUUAUCCCCAUUUUAUACUGGUGGUAAAUUGAGGCGUGGAGAGGUUAAUUUGCCCAAGACAUUGCUGAUAGUAAGUGUCAGAGCUGGGACUGGAAUCUAGCUUCGUCUAAAUGUAAAACCUAUGUUUUUAACUACCAUGCUCUUGGGACAUCAGUUGCAUGGACUUUAUACUGUCUGUUCUCUGCUUAGGUUCCUCUUUACCUCCAGAUUCAGAGAGUCAUUUUCUCAUCUAUAACCUAAGGAAAUUGUACUUAUAAUCUGAAGAUUCAAAUCCUGUGUCUUUAACUACAUGCUGGCUGCAGCGGUGAACAACCAGAGCGUCUUUACCCUCACGAAGCUUAUUCUUUGGGGUUUGCAGGUGGGGAAAGAACACAGAGAAGCAAAUAUACACUCAUGAUUUCACAAACAGAACAGCUUUGUGGUUUUAUCUCACAUUCUUUUGGUAUCCUAAACCAAAGGUUUUCAAACUUUUUUGGCCUUAAGACCCCUUUACUGUCUGGAGAAAUAGUGAGAUCCCCAAGAGCUUUUGUUCAUGAGGGUUAUAUAAUUAUUUACUAUAUUAGAAAUUAAAACUGAGAAAUUGCAAAAACAUUUAAUUAAAAUAACAGUAAUUCAUUUCAUGUUAACAUAACUAAUACAGUACAUAUUUUAUGAGAAAUAAUUAUUUUCCAAAAUAAAUUUGGUGAGGAGAGUAGUAUUGUUUUACUUUUUUGGCUUAAUGUCUAGUUUAAAAGAAAACAGAUUCUCACAUCUGUUUGUACAUUCACUCUGUUUAAUAUGUUGUUUUGAUUGAAGUAUACAAAGGAAAUCCAGCCUCACACAGUAGUUGGAGAAGGGAUGAAUAUUUUAAUAGCCUUUUUAGAUGACUUUGGACUCUUGGACACUGCACCAAAACUGAAACAAUUGGCACUUUUCUAAAAGAUAAGUUGCAGUGUGAAUCCAAAACCGUAUCAGUGAAUUUCAUAUUCAGUUACAUUAAAAUCCAUUAAUUUGUCUUGUGUUGGAUCUUUUCCUGUGUGUGAUUUUACAUGAUUCAGCAUUUGGAAACUAUUCGUUCACUGAGUUAAUGUAGCUCUUCCAAAUGUUAACACAUUGCAUUAUAUGAAAUAAAAAAACAUCAUAUUUAUUAGCAACACAACCAGUCUCACCAACCUUGAGAAGCUCGCAAUCUCAGAGGGCAGAAACAAGGUUUCCAAAAUUCUGCUUUUCACUUAAAAGCUUAAAUUUUAUAAUUGGCAACAAAUAUUGUCAGUUGUUUUCCUUGAAGUGACAGUUCAAUUAGCUCAUUUUCAAGAAAACGUCUGCCAGAUACUCAAGUCUGGAUAACCUAGUUACAGUUUUACAAAUGCUUUUCCUCAAGACAGCCAUCAUGUUUUGGUAUCUCCAGAGGUGCUUUGUGCACAAUUUUCUGUUUCGUCAUAUAGAGUCUCAAAAAGACAUUUACUUAUGAGUCAAAAUUUAAGAAAGAAUUUUUACUGCUUCAUCAAGGACACUGAGUGAAUACGACCUAUUUGUAAGCUGUGAGUGAAUGGUAAUGAAGAAUACGGUGACUGCUAGUGCCCUGAUUUAUUCUAAGGUGCUGGUGCUUUUACCCAUCAUUGUGGUGCACACGUCACCCAUGGUGAAAAAGACAAAUAAUGUCUUAGCAUAUCAUGAAAAUAGUUUUGACCUCACAGACUCCCUAAAAACUCCACACACACAGCUGAAAGAGAAGCUAGGAUCUUUCUCCAUUCUGAAUGACUUAAGUGUAUAGCCAAAAAUUGGAAGAAGGGAAAUACAUGUUAGGGACAACUAACAGUCACACUCUACCUCUUUGGCUACCAAGUAUGUGUGCCUAACCUUUCCAAUAUGGAAGACACUCACCUAUCCACAAGGGAAUGAACUCUAAGGCUCCAUCCCAUGACUGCAUCCCACACUGGAAAUGUACCACUCUCUUUAUCAGGUCUUAAGAUGGCUCUUUAGUGUCUAAUGAUUUAUAAAUGAAAAGAUAAAAUAACUAUAAUAUGUUUGAAGGAAUUAUGGAAAAAAAACAACUGAAAAGAUGAAGGCUUUCACCAGAACAUUGGAAUCUAAAAAACAAAUGGACGUUCUAAGCUGUCCUAGAACCACAUUCUAGCCCUUCUAGAAUGGGAUACACUGUGUGAAAUUAACACAUUAGAUGGAUGUAAUAAUGGAUUUUUUACAAUAAAAGAUAGGAUUAGUGAACUGGAAGACAGAUCAAUAGAAAAAAUACGUAUUGAAAUAUAGGGAGAAAACAAUAAUGGAAAAGAGCCGUGUGCACACAAAAUGUGUAGCAAAUGUGUAACUGGAGUCUUAGAAUACCGUAGGAGUAACCUUUGAUCAAGCUCAAAAUCAAAGCAGGAUAAAGAAAAAUAAAUCAUAGUAAACCUGCUGCAAACUAAAGACAAAGAGAACAUCUUAAAGGCAACCAAAGGGAAAAAGGACACAUAACUUUCAAAGAAACAAGAUUAACAGCUUACUUCUCCCACAGAAACAUUGAAAGCCAAAAAAGAUAAGAGAAUAAUACUUUUAACGGGGCUGCAGAAAAGAAGUGCCAAUCUAGAAGUCCUUACCUAGCAAUAUAUCCUUAAAAAGUGAAGAUUAAAUGAAGAUGUUUUCAGACAAACUAAAACAGGGAAUUUUGCCAGAAGCCUUGCAAACACUAGCCAAAAGAGAGCUAGUGAUGUUAUACUGGUAUCAAAGUGAAAUUUAUGGCUGGCCAUCUCACUUUCUUAAUGCUAUCUAUUGAUGCACAGAAGUUUUGAAUUUUAAGGAAGUCCAAUUUAUUAAUUUUCCUCUCUAUGAUUAGUACUGUUUGUAUCCUAUGUAAGAAAUCAUUUCUUAAUCUUGAGAAUAUGAAGAUGUUCUACAAUGUUUUCUUCAAAAAGAUUUGUUUUACCUUUCAUAUUUAGAUCUGUAGUUCAUCUGGAAUUGAUUCUUAUAUAUUGAGACAAAAAAUACAUUUUUCCAUAUAUUCAUAUUGACUUAGUGCCAUUUAAUGAGAAGAUAAUUUAUUCCCCACAGCUGUACAGUGUCAAAUUUAUAGUAAAUCAAGGGUAAAUCAACAAUGUAGUUAAGUCAGGAAUAAUAGCUCCCCAAAGAUAUCCAUGGAACCUGUGAAUGUGUUACAUAACAUGGCAAAAGGAACUUUGCAGAUGGAAUUAAGGUUAUGGACCUAAAGAUAGUUUAUCCUGGAUUAUCAAAAUGAAGGCGAAACAGUCAGCCAGAGAGAUGCACUAGAAAAAGGGGCAGGAACAAUUCAAAGUGUGAGAGGGCUUGACCUGCUGUUGCUGGCUUUGAAGAUGGAGGACGAUGCCAUAAGCCCAGAAAGGUGGGUGGGCUCUAGAAGCUAGGAAUGGCCCUCAGCUGACAGCAAACAAGGAAAUGGACUUCAGUCCUACAACUGCAAGGGAAGUGAAUUCUGCCAACCUGAAUGAGCAAGGAAACAUUCUCCCUAGAGCCUUCAGAGAGUAACACAGCACUAUUAAUAACUUGAUUUUAGCCUUAUGAGGAUUUAAGCAGAGAAACCAGCCACGUCCACCAGACUUCUGACCUACAAAACUGUUAUUAAAGUUAUGUUGUUGUAAGCCACUGAGUUUGUGGUAAAUUGCUACAGGAACAAUAGAAAAAAAUACAUAUUGAAGCGUAUGUGUUGUUGUGUGCCGUCAAGUCAAUUUCGACUCAUAGCUGCCCUAUAUAGAGAGAGAGAGGGGAUCUCUUUUUCUUCUGAAUUCUCUAUUCCAUUGGUCAGUUUGUCUAUACUUGUAUCAAUUACUGUAACUACUUGAUGUCUUAAUUGACAGUUUGAUAACUGGUAGUAUAAGUCCUUCAAAUUUGUUUUUAAGAUUACCCAUGUUUUCUUGGAAGAAGGACAAGCAGAAUGCUCCUUAGAAGCAAAGAUGGCAAGACUGCGUCUUACAUACUUUGGGCACGUUGUCAGGAGGGAUCAGUCCCUGGAGAAGGACACCAUGCUUGGUAAUGUACAAGGUCAGUGGAAAAAAGGAAGACCCUCACGGAGAUGGAUUGACACAGUGGAUGUAACAAUGGGCUCAAGCAUAACAAUGAUUGUAAGGAUGGCACAGGACUGGGCAGUGUUUUGUUCCGUGGUACAUAGGGUCACUACGAGUCGGAACCGGCUCAAUGGCACCUAACAAGAACAACAACAUGUUCUUCUUGGCCCUUUGUGUAUCUGCAUAAAAUUUGGAAUUGGGUUGUUGAAACCCAGCCCACCUCCCCCACAUCACUUUUUGCUUCCAUUUAGUACUUACCAGAUGUCUCAGUUAUCUAUUUCUGUACAAAAACCAUCCCCAAACUUAGUGACUUAAAACAAGAAUUUAUUACUUCUCACAUUUCUGUAGGUUGGCUGGGCAGUUUUUCUACUGGUUUUGCUUGGGAUCACUCAUGUGGCUGCAGCCAGCUGGUGAGUUGGCAGAAGCUGGAAGGUUUAAUAUGGCCUUGGCAUAGAGGGCUAGAAAGCUGGGCCCUCUCUUACCAUGUGAUCUCUCAUCAGUUAGUAGCCUAGCUGAAUCUUCUUUACAUUGCAGCUGGGUCCCUAGAGAGAAAAAAUAAGCUUACACCAUGUCACUCCUGUCACUUUCUCUUGGUCAAAACAAGUUACAAAGCCAGCACAAAUUCAAGGGGAUGCAGAAACUGAUGUGACCUUUAGAUGUGAAGAGUGGCAAUGUUGCAUUGCAAAGGGUCACAGAGAUGAGUUAUUCAUUGGAGACCAUUAUUAUAAUGACCCACCGUUUCAGAUCAUGCCUUAUUGUGGGUAUUUUUUGUACCUUUGUCUCUUCGUUACAAUGUAAGUUCCUUGAAGGAAGGAAUUAGAUCUUAUUUACAUUUGUAUUUCCCUAAUAAUAAUAACCAACAUUUUUGUAGCACAAGAAGUAAAGUCAAUACAAUCUCCAAUUUUAUAGAUGAGAAGAACUGCAUAGCUGUUAAGCCACUAGACCUUUACUCAAAUACAGCUUUCUCGAUUCUAAAUUCUUGGACUUUUUUUUUUUUUUCCUUUUAGAUUUUAGAACUCUAGGGUCAGAUUCCCCAUACAUCUGUCAGUUUGUUGUACUGUGGUGGCUCUGUGUUGCUAUGAUGCUGGAAGCUAUGCCACUGGUCUUUGAAAUACCAGCAGGGUCACCCAUGGUGGACAGGUUUCAGCUGAGCUUCCAGACUAAGACUAGGGUAUUUUACUUGGAUCCACAAUCAAAGCCUACGGAAGUAGCCAUCAAGAAAUCAAACGAUGCAUUAACUAGGAAAAUCUGCUGCAAAAGACCUCUUUAAAGUGUUAAAAAGCAAAGAUACCACUUUAAGAAGUAAAGUCAGAAUGCUCCUUAGAAGCAAAGAUGGCAAGACUUCGUCUCACAUACUUUGGACAUGGUAAUCAGGAGGAAACAGUCCCUGGAGAAGGACAUCAUGCUUGGUAAGCAGACAGCGAAAAAGAGGAAGACCUUCAACGAGGUGGAUUGAGACAGUGGCUGCACCAGUGGGCUCAAGCAUAACAAUGAUUGUGAGGAUGGUGCAAGACUGGGCAGUGUUUUGUUCUGUUGUACAUGGGGUCGCUAUGAGUCUGAACCAACUCGAUGGCACCCAGCAACAACAAGAGUGGCGUCAUUAUGUUAGGCAGCUGAAGAGAGCAGUGGAUAAUUUAGGCGUUUAUAAUUUACAGAGUAUACUUUCUGAUGGUUGGUGCCAUGCUUUUAGUAUUUGAAUUUCCCUAAGUAGAAAAGCAAAGAUGUUAGAAGAACAAUACUUAAGGUGCUUAAAAUAAAAGUCCUUCAUUUGUUCCAAAUCCUUUCCAUUUCUGAGCAGUUACAUUUAGAGAGAAAGAAUAUGUUGUAAACAGCUCUGCCAAAAGCUUGGUCCAAAUUCUGUAGUCUUUCCUCUAAAAAUCACAGCCAGUGUUUGCCUGUCUGCUAUUACACAUUACCCUUUGCGUGCCAUCUGAUAUUUGGCAUGUUUUAUAAACAAGCUGAAAACUCUAGGCUGAAUCCUGGCUACAUUCAGGUUUUAUAAUUAUAUCUUUCUGCAAUAUUCUUCCCACUCAGACAGCUAAUAAAUAGCGUAACUAAGAUUCAGCCUUUCUCUUUGUCUCUACAAAAUUUAGAAAUGCAAAAUUCAAUUCAGAAAAAUAUUUGCUGUACUCCUACCAAUAUGUGCUCAGGGUCCAGCAAGGAACCAGAUUGUGAGAGAGGGGUGAGCCAGAUAAAUUGUGAGAUCCAAUCCCUUUCCUUGAGGCUCUUAGGAUAUUAGAAAGAUGAGCAAUCUUUGAGUAAUCUGCAAAUUGCAGAAUUCUGUGAUUCUGAGUGACUCAUACAGUUCACAGUGUGGCUGUUAAGUUCUUGUAUUGCAUUUUAGUUUUUUGUUUUUACGUAAUUCAAUAUAGUGGGCAAUAUAGUUAUUUUGACACUAUAUUAAUCUUUACUCUGCAAUAAGACUUAAUGUCCCCCAAGUAACCAUUUAAAUAAAAACAUUGAAUUAUUGCAUUUCAGGAAGAGUAAAAAGGAUAUGUAGCAAACUUAGAGGACAAGUUGUCAGUUUAGUUCAAAUUAGUGAUUUGUCCCUUUCCCUGUGAUCCACGGCCUCUGUGGUUACCAUUAACACGUUGUUUUACAUCAACUGCAUCAUUCUUCAACACUGAGCUUCUGACAGGCAAAGGGUAUUUCUAAUUCAUUGUUGUGUCCUUGGUCUUUACCACAAUACCAUGUGAUAGGUUAUCCCUCUUCCUACAUGGGAUUUUUUUUUGUCAAUCAGCAUCAAUUUUGAACCUAUGAAGGCUUGAUAAGAGUGCCGUAAACUCAUUAAUGGACAGAUUUAAACUACUUGCCCAUCUUCAACACUCUUUUUAAGCCUUUGUCAUCUGCUUCUGAGGGGAAUGGUUGCUGCUGGUAGACCUGGCAGUCGGUCAUAUGGGAAGCUGUACUUUUACAGAUGAGGUCCUUUGCUUUUCCGAAGCAGCGUUAACACACAAACCAUGAGUGACCUGAUAUCCAGGUCCUUGGCCUCUAAAUCCCAGGCUCUUUGCUUUAUAACUCUUUUUCAGGAGUUGGUAGUUCCACAGACAUCUACUGGGUCACACAAAAAUGCCUGAUUCCCUUGUUGCUAUGGGAAUAGUUGAAUGCCUUGUUUCUGAAAGUCUUUUUCUUAAGCCUGGUGGGGAAUUUUGCUUUAAACAAAAAUAGCCCAUCUCUGUCUUCUCUCUAGAGUGCAGUUUUCAAAAUUACACUAAAGCUGAAGAAAGGAGAAUAGGUAUUGAGACUGGCAGCAUUUGGAUGCUGCAGAAGUGGUACUGCAGUAGAAAGAUGAAAGGAAAUAUUAGAUUGGAAUAAAAACCCAAAACCAAACCCAUUGCUGUUGAGCCGAUUCUAUCAUAGCGACUCUAUAGGACAGAGUAGAACUGCCCCGUAGAGUUUCCAAGGAGUGCCCGGUGGAUUUGAACUGUCGACCUUUUGUUUAGGAGCUGUAGGUCUUAACCACUACGCCACCAGGGUUUCCUAGGUUGGGAUGUGUAAUGGAUUGAAUUGUGUCCCCCCAAAAUACAUGUCAACUUGGAUAGGCCAUGUGUAGCUGUCCUCCUUUUUGUGAUUUUCCUAUGUGUUAUAAAUCAUAAUCUCUGCCUGUGGUUGAAAGGAUUACUCAGGUCACCUCCCUGAUCCAAAACGGAGUUUCCCUGGGGUGUGGCCUGCACCACCUUUUAUCUCUCAAGGGAUGAAAGGAAAGGGGAAGCAAGCAGAAAGUUGGGGACCUCAUACCACCAAGAAAGCAGUGCUGGGAGCAGAGCACGUCGUUUGGACCUGGGAUCUCUGGGCUUGAGAAGCUCUCUGACUGUGGGAAGAUUGAGGACAAGGACCUUCCUCCAGAGCUGACAGAGAGAGAAAGCUGUCCCCUGGAGCCGAUGCCCUGAAUUUAGAUGUGUAACCUACUAGACUGUAAGAAAAUUAAUUUCUCUUUGUUAAAGCCAUCCACUUGUGGUGUUUCUGUUAUGGUAGCACUAGAUGACUAAGACCGGAUGGAUCUGGAAAAAUGGGAAUCUUGUAGUCAGAGCCCAAAGGGAAGAUUAGAUGAUAGCAAAGAAAAGGUGGAAAACCAUAAAGACAAACAUGCUGAAAGAAAGAGAAGUACUCAUACACAUGUGUGGACGCACAUCUUUUGAAUUUUUGAUUCUUCCAGUUGGUAAUUUACACCGUUACAAGGUGGAAAUGAAAUACGGAUUGCAGUGGUCAUGACGGUGCUGACAUAAAUCUAGUCCGAUGGAGUUCACAGAACAUUUCUACUAAAGGAGUUAAUUUUAAUUUCAUUCCCUUUUCCUUAUCCCAGUAGAAGUAGCUGGGCAGGAGCUAUCACUAUUGUACAGAUAAUGGUAGAAAAUCAUGACAUCCAGGUCCAGAAGAAAAAAAUAUCCUUUUCUUCAAAAGUAAUUCAUUGGUGAUUUUAAAUAGUUAUGUCAGGGAUGGGAGUAUAGGUGGAAGAUAUAAAAUGUAAGCGUGGAGUCUUGUUCUCAAAGAACAGUGAAGGUGGACGGGUAUUGCAGUGGGGAGUACAAAGAGGAUAUGGCUUGAUAUCUUCCUAUAAGACACUUACAACCAAAUGCAGCAUGCAAUCAGGGCCAAGCCAGGGUUUCUAUCAUCUGGGCUUCCUGUGAAGAACAACUGAUACCAAGAAACAAGGAGGGUAGGCAGGUAGCAGAAUCCCAGUGUGCUUCCUGGGAUCCCAAUGUGUUCCUUGGGAAGUGUUGGAAGCCUUCCACAGGGCCUUUCUGUCAUAUUGGCAGCAUUGAGGGAGUACUUGGAGGAGGAUGUAGCAUUGGUGACUCAGAGUCUGUUCUCCUCUUCGUGUUCUUUUCAAGAUCUUGGGGUCAGAGAAUGUUAGAACUGGUGUGGAACUUAUGAAGCUUACAGUCCACCGCCACUUUACAGACAAGGAACUGAGACUGAGAGUGUGCCCACGUUUGCUGAUCUUCAGCUUUAGUGGAAAUACACUUGAGGAACCUCCUCUAUCCUUGGACCUGAUUUUAGAUGACAAGAUUCUGGACCUUGAGCCUGAAACUGAAGCUGUCAUGCGAUGCGAUUCUCAGGAGUCUUGGAAGAGGAAGAGAAUAUUUUUCUUUGGGAGACUGUGAGCCACUGAGGGCCACAGGGCAGACUUUUAUACUCUGUUUCAUUGGCGGCCCCCAAUAAACAACACCUCCUUGUGUUUUACCCCAUUGUGUACUCCCCUUCCCUAGAAACUGGACUCAGCUUAUGACUUGCUUAAAUAAUGGAAUGCAGCAGAAGUGGCACUGUGCCAGGGCUGGGCCUUAGGUACUGGCAGUUUCUGCUUUGGUGCUUUGGGAGUCUUGAAUUGCCAUAUAAGAGAUCAGGCUCCCUGAUGGAGCAGGAGAGCAGUGAGAUACAGACCUCAAAUUCUCAUAAAAAGACCAGACUUAAUGGUCUGACUGAGACUAGAAGGACUCUAGAGGUGAUGGUCCCCAGACCUUCUGUUAGCCCAAGAUUGAAACCAUUCCCAAAGUUAACUCUUCAGACAGGGAUUGGACUGGACUAUAAGAUAGAAAAUGAUACUGGUGAAGAGUGAGCUUCUUGGCUCAAGUAGACACAUGAGACUUUGUGAGUAGCUCCUGUCUGGAGGGGAGAUGAGAAGGCAGAGGGGGACAGAAGCUGGCUGAAUGGACAUGGGGAAUACAGCUGACUCAUUAGGGGGAGAACAACUAGGAGUAUAUAGCAAGGUAUAUAUAAAUUUUUAUAUGAGAGACUGACUUGAUUUGUAAACUUUUACUUAAAGCACAAUUAAAAAAAAAAAUCUGGCUACCUGACAAAGGGAAUAUAUGAAGAGACCACAUGGAGCGAGAGAGGCCUAAGAAACGUCCAGCAUCCCAGCAUCUUGGCUGAGCCUACCCGCAGCCAACCUGCAGCUGAAUUAAGCCACACAAGUGACUACCACCAAGACCAGCAAAAGAUUGUCCAGCUAAUCCCAGCCUUGAUUGCAGUCUAGUGCAAAUAGUAUUGUUUCAAGGCACUGAAUUUAGGAUGGUUUUUUACUCAGCAAUAGAUAACCAAAACGAGUCUGACAUGAGAAGUCAAUCCAGGAGUAUAUAACUAAAAUAGUUAUAUAUUAACAAUACCUUAAAAGAAUGGAAAUUAUUAUGCAAAAGAAAUCAACUACAAUCUGAGCAUAAAUCACAAUUAAGGAGACUGACUUGGCAGAGUAAAUGGAGCAGGCUCAAAGAGCUGACUAUAUUUAGUGUCUACUUGGGAUUUUUUUUUUGGAUUUAGUGUAGGAUGCAAGUGGUUUUUAAAAUCAGGAAAAGGAAAAAAAAAUUAAGUCAUAGUAGAGCGUAGAUAUUUGUUUAUGCUUUUUAAUGCUAGAAACUUGAGAUCGUUUUCCUUCCUUGAGGAAGGAAAGUAUAAUUUGUGAUUUUGCACAGCUGAGAAGAAAUGUUUCUGCUAUCCAUUCAAAUCUCACCCUCUGCCUUUCAGCCACGUAGGAAAAUAAUUUGUUGUUGUUGUUGUUAGGUGCUGUUGAGUUGAUUCCAACUCCUAGCAACCCUGUGUACAUCAGAAAAAAACACUGCCUGUUGCUGUGUUUGAGCCCAUCGUUACAGCCACUGUAUCAAUCCAUCUCGUUGAGAGAGUCUUCCUAUUUUUUGCUGACCCUCUACUUUACCAAGCAUGAUGUCCUUCAGGGACUGAUCCCUCCUGAUAACCUGUCCAAAGUACGUAAGACAAAGUCUUGCCACCCCCUCUCUCCUAAGGAGCAUCCUGGCUGUACUUCUUGCAAGAGAGAUUUGUUCGUUCUCUUGGCAGUUCAUGUAUUCUUGGCCAACACCAUAAUUCAAAGGCAUCAGUUCUUCUUUGAUCUUCCUUAUUCAUUGUCCAGCUUUCUAUGCAUGCAAGACAACUGAAAAUACCAUGACUUGGGUCAGGCGCACCUUAGUCCUCAAAGAAUAAUUGCAGCUCUUCAGGUGGGCACGUGUCUCCCACAUCUCUCUGCUUUGUUGGUGUUAUUCCUUUUGCUAUGUGCUCUGUCUCCAUCCACUGAUUGCCCUGUAUGCUUCAUCCACUUGGUCUACCUCAAAAAGACACAGGUGAAGCUUCCUCUUGGGGAAGGCCUUCCUGGCAAUGUCUCAGGUACUCCCAAGCUAGGUUGACCCUCCUUCUUGGGAUCCCACUGUACUUUGUUUUCACCUCUAUUGUAUGGCUGAGUCUCUGGGUAGCACAAAUGGUUAAGCAUUCAGCUACUAAUGGAAAAGAUGGUGGUUCAAAUCCACCCAGAGGCACCUCAGAAAAAAUGACUUGUAAUCUACUUCUGAAAAAAGAUCACAGCCAUUGAAAACCCUAUGGAUCACAGUUCUACUCUGACACACAUGGGGUUGUCAUGAGUUGGAGGUUUGAUGGUCAUAUGUCUAUAUAAUUACUAGGAUGGUUUGUUUAUGUGUCUUUUGCUCCUUUUAAACCUUGAAUUUCUAUGGAGACAGAAGUCCUACUGAGAUGCCACAUUAAUAAUUUGUAGGAUUUAUUGCAUGAUUAUAACGUGGCCUAAGAUCAGCGGCUUUUGAAGUUUUGGUUGCAUCAGGGUCCUUGUUGAAAAUGCUUAUUUUCAAGUCCCAAUUCCAGAUAGUCUCAUUCAGUUGGGGUGGGGUAUCUGGAUUUUAACAAACACCUAGGUCACCCUGAUACAGUUGCUCAGGAGACUUCGUUUUACAAAAUACUGGCCUGGCUUUUUGUGUCUCCUCGUGCCUCUUGCUGCCAAACUCCAGGCCAUUUCCCUCCAGUGAAGGAGGAGUGAGGGAAGGUAAACAAAUCGGGGCAACACACUUGGGUAAAAAAGUUCUGUCCUGAAAGUCAAAGGUACAGACUAGAAUAAUAAUUACUUGUGGAUGUUAGUUAUUCCUGUUCCCCCUGACUUUCUUUUUGUAGUCAAGAGCUGGUUGUACUUAAAGCUAUGCUAUUGAUUCUUUCCCAAGGCACUCUGAAUAUCUUCCCAGAGCUAGAAAACUUAACGUGUGGGAAAUUGAAUGGCAAUGAGCUUAUCUGUUAGCUGCACGAUGUUUCCUCAGUCCAUCUGUUCUGGGCGAUAAUCCAUAGUCAUUGGAGACAACGGCUGUUCAUUAUGUACGUUAGUGUAACCCAGUCGAAAGGUCUAGCGUAUCCUGAUUGGCAGUAACAACAACAGCUGCCAUUUUAUUUACCUCUUACUUUGUGCCAGGGCUAUGCUAAGUGUUUUACAUCCAUUUUGUCCUUUAAUCUCAUGAACACCUUUGAGGUAGGUUUUAUGGACGAGGAAAGUGGGGCUCAGAGAAAUCCAAAUAACUUGUCCAAGGGGAUUGUUGUUGUUAUUUGCUGUCGAAUCGAUACAGACUCUUGACAACCCCGUGUAUACAAAGUAGAACUGCUCUGUAGGGUUUUCAAGGUUGUGACCUUUCAGAAGCAGAUUGCCAGGCAUGUUUGUUCCGAGACUCCUCUGAACGAGUUUGAACCACCAACCUUUCUGGUAGUAGUUGCGUGCUUAACAAUUUUCACUGUUCAGGGACUCCAAGGGCAGAGCUAGGAUUAAUGCGUCUGUCUGUUUGACCCCAGCGCGUAGAUUUCCGUAUUACACUGCAGGCCAGCUCCUGAGAACAGCCCUCCACACUUCAUAGACAACGGACUGAUGCCCGGGGCACGUGGCUGGCUAGUAACAGAGCAGAACUCAGGACCCAAGUCACUUGACACUCAGCCUAAUUUUCUUUUCAUGACCUUCUACAUGGGCAAGAUAAGAAAGGCUGGGAAAAUUGAUGGUUCUGAUAAAAAAAAAAAAAAAAAAUUUUUUUUUUUUUUACUUUU